CCGGUCGGCACGCCGCCCGCUCGCCAGACGCCAGUACGACGCUAGCUUCGCAGGCGGAAGGUCGGCUUCGCGAGGCUCGGACUUCCAUCGCACGUGCUUUUGUUGACACCGACGAGUAUGUUGAAAUUGCGUCGCCCGAACGUUAGUGCACCGCGAGUCAAUAAGCAAUCGAAAGCGAUCGAAAGUUUUUUGGGACUCUCCGGAGUGACCGCGAGUGACCCGCGGCUGUGAGCGGCCGGAACCGGAAAGUCGGGCUCCGAGUGACAUGCGGCACGCGACCCGCGCUCAUGGGAGGUGAGGCGGGCGCGAUGCUGGCGGCGCUGGCGCUGGCGUGGUGGGCGGCGGCGGGCGCGGCUGCGGGCGUGCGUCUGCCGCCCCUGGACGUGCCGCGCUGCUGCCCCCCGGCGCAGAGCCUGCCACCCGCGCUGCUGCAGACCGACCUGUUGGCCGCCGCGGACGUGGAGGCCGCCUGCGGCCCCGCGCCCGCCGCGCCCUGGGCGCCCCGCGUGUACGCCCCGCUGCGGGGCGCCCUGCUUGACCAUCCGCCGCCGCACUGGCGCCUCGCCCACUCGCGGGUACCCGCAUGCGAGACCCUGCGCGUGCUGCCCGAGCACGCCGCGCCGUACGCGCUGCUGGCGAACAACGGGUCCCUGAUGACGAGGUGGUCGAAAACGACGGUACCGACGGACCGGUACUGCGCGGAUGCCGGUGCUGCGCUAGUGUGCGCCGAGGACGCGGGCGGGCGCGGGCCGGCCAAGUGCUGCGCGGCGAGCGCGGUGCUGGACGCGGCGGGCGAGCGCUGCGUGCCGGACGGCGAGCUGGCGGCGCGCGUGCUGCUCGAGCUGCGGGACCUCGCCAACGGAAGCGCGGUGGGCGCCGGCUUCCCGGCGUGCUCGGAGGGCACGGAGUACGCGGUGGUCGGCGCGCUGCGCGGCACGCGGCUAGAGGAGGGCGGGGCGCUGACUCGGGCGGACGGGACGCGGCUGAACGCGGGCGCGUGGUGCGCGGAGGGCGCUCAGGGGGCCGAGGAGGCGCGCGUGCUGGCGUGCGAGGCGGCGUGGCGGCGGGAGCCGGCGCUGUCGCCACGCCACGCACUGUACGGCGCCGGGCUUGCGGUGGGCGCGGCGUUCCUGGCGGCGACGCUGGCGGCGGGCUUCGCGCUGCCGGCGGCGCACCACGCGCUGCACUGGCGCUGCCAGACGCACUACGUGGCGGCGCUGAUGCUGGGCGACGUGCUGCUGGCCGCCACGCAGCUGGCCAACGACCGCGUGCCGCCGCCGCUCUGUCGCGCGCUCGCGGUGAUGAUGCAUUUUCUGUUCCUGUCUGCUUUCUUCUGGCUCAACACGAUGUGUUUCAAUAUCUGGUGGACGUUUAGGGACUUCCGGCCGACGUCGCUGGAGCGCGCGCAGGAGGCGUGCCGGCUGCGCGUGUACAUGGUGUACGCGUGGGGCGGGCCGCUGGCGCUGGCGGGCGCGGCGGCCGUGCUCGAUCACCUGCCGCCCACCGCCGCGCCGCACCUGCUGCGCCCGCGCUUCGCCGUGCAGCGCUGCUGGUUCUACGGCGACAUGGAGAUCCUCGUCUACUUCUUCGGUCCCGUGGGCGUGCUGCUGCUCGUCAACCUGGCCCUUUUCGUCUCCACCACGCGCCAGCUCACCUGCGGCCUGUGGCGCAGGGACGAGGUCAAGUCCACUUCCGAAAGGGCGGCGUUGGGGCGCGUGUGCGCCAAGCUGGUGGUGGUGAUGGGCGUGACGUGGGGGGCGGACGUGGUGUCGUGGGCGGCGGGCGGGCCCGAGUACGUGUGGUACGCGACUGACCUGCUGAACGCGCUGCAGGGCGUGUUUAUCUUCCUGGUGGUGGGAUGCCAGCCCCACGCGUGGGCGGCGCUGAAGCGCGCGGCGGCGGCGUGGUGCGCGCGCGCGCCGCCGACGGCGCAGGCGCACUCCAGCUCGCACCUACCGUCGUGCGGGGAGUCGCUGACGCACACGACGACGGCGCCGGCGCGCGUGCCGCUCGAGACCGUGUGCUGAGCCCCAGUAUUAGCGGCGGCCGGCGACCCGCCCGUGUACAUACGUCGCCGCACCUAGUUAGUAAUACGUAAUACUAUUUGUAUGUUUAUUUAUAUCGUGAGCUGUAUGACUUGCCCGUUCGAUUGGCUGUUGAAAAUAAAAUGACCGUAAAGCUGA